AUGCCGCCACCUCCCAAGCCUCCUGCGCUCACGCGCUCCCUCUCCCUCCUCGACCUUAUCCUUCUCGGCAUCGGCGCUUCCAUUGGCUCAGGCAUCUUCGUCGUGACAGGUGUCGCCGCGCGAUUGGCGGGGCCGGCCGUGUCCCUGUCUUUUCUCCUAGCCGGCCUCGCCUCUCUCCUCAACGCGCUCUGCUACGCAGACCUUGCCGCCCGGUUUCCCGGGCGGGUGGGCGGCGCAUACCUGUACGCGCACGCGUGCCUCGGGCAGCUCGCGUCGUUUGUCCUGUUCUGCCACCUGGUGCUGGACUACCACGUGGGGGCGGCGGCGAUCGCCAGGAGCCUGGCGAGUUAUUUGGCGUCUCUGGUGGAGGUGGCAUCUGGGGCAGGGCUACCUGGAGUGCUCGCCCCAGGAGGCCUACCUGUAUCCAUCCCCUUGCCAUUUCUCUCUCCUUCAUGGCUCUUCUGGUGGUUCUCUCACUUGUGGCCAGGAGGAAGAAACGGGGUAGAGCAAGUCGUGGGGAGCCAGGGCGGGGGAGCAGGAGCGGGAGCCGUUUCCUUUUUCCACACCGCCCCAUUCCCUUCUCUCUUCUCUUCCCAUUCCUCUCCCUCUCCUCCUCUUGUUCACCCUCCCCUGUUCCCAUCGCUCCCCACCCCGCCACCUGUACCCACGCUGGACCUCUCGAUCAAUCUCGUCGCGCCAGCUGUCCUGCUGCUCCUCUCGUGGCUGCUGUGCCGGGGGGUGCGGGAGACCUCACGGGUGAACGACGUGAUGACGUCAGUCAAGGUGGCGAUAGUGGUGCUGGUGGUGGCUGUGGGUGCAGGGCAUAUGAACCCUGCUAACUGGUUUCCCUUUUUCCCCCCAUCGCUCGACUCCCUUCUGAGCUCCGCUGCUCCUGUUGCCGCCUCUGCUGCUGCCCCUGCUGUUGCUGCCACAGCCGCAGCCGCUGCCGCUGCCACUGCUACCGCUCCUUCUGCCACUGCUGCAACUACUGCCACUGCUGCUGCUGCCGCGGCGUCUGCUGCUGCGAGCAGCACAGGCAGCAUGGGCGGCGUGCAGGCGAUGCUAUCAGCCUCAGCGCUCGUCUUCUUCUCCUACAUUGGCUUCGACGCCGUCGCCAACACCUCCGAAGAGUCCCUGCACCCGCGCCGUGACGUGCCACGGGGCCUCCUCCUCGCCCUUGCCGCCUGCUCCCUCCUCUACAUCUCCGUCUCCCUCGUCCUCACUGGCAUGGUCCCGUAUAACCUCCUCGACCCCGCUGCACCGCUCUCCACUGCCUUCGCCUCCCUCGGGCUGCAUUUCAUGGAGAGGAUUAUCGACUUGGGGGCAGUGGUGGGGCUGACAACGACUCUCCUGACUGGGCUGUAUGUGCAGUCUCGCAUGUAUCUGGCCUUGGCGAGGGAUGGCAUGCUGCCAGCGUGGUUUUUGCAAGUGAACGCGGGGAGCCAUGUGCCGGUGCAUGCGCAGUGGUGGGUGGGGGGAGUGGCGGCGACAAUGGCGGCAGUGUUUGACGUGGGGAAGCUGUCGCAUAUUCUGUCCGUGGGCGUGUUACUGAGUUACUCUAUAGUGUGUAUGUGCGUGCUGGCGCUAAGGGUCGAGUCAUAUCGUGGAGGGGGGAGUGGUUGUGUCAGUGUGGGGGAGGAAGGGGAAGAGCGAUUGGAUGAUGCACUUUUAGCACAAGGGGACGCUCCCAUGAUGGACCUCCCGCGGCCAAGGUAUCAAGGGGUGUACAAGAGUGGCCAUCUAUCCGUCUCGUCAAAAGGUCUGGGGUGGAAAUCUUGGAAGCGGCGCUGGUUCCUCCUCACGCGCUCCUCCCUCAUCUUCUUCAAGCACGAACCAAGGGGUCGCAUUGACAUUUCAACUGCCAUCGGAGGCAUCGAGUUCAACAACGCCGGCAAGGUGCACAUCAAGCCGGACAAGAAGCAGCUCUCCCUCACCUUCCCCGACGGCCAUGCUUUCACCUUCAAGACGGACACAUUGGAGGAUCUGGAGGAGUGGAGGGACGCACUCGAGGACGCCAUCUCCAAGGCGCCUCCACCCUCCGUGAUGAUGGGGCUGCCGCGCGACACGCUCUUUCGAGGCGACGGGCUCGACAUAGGGGACAAUGACGGACCCCCAGGCCCAGGCAAGGAGCGGCGGCUGCGGUCCAUGCUGCUGUGCCGCCCCUUCUCCCUCGCGCUAGAGGACGUCAACGGCUCGCCCUCCUUCCUUGAGAAGGCGCUGCAGUUCAUUGAGCUCCAUGGAGUGAAGCUGGAGGGCAUUCUGAGAGCAGCAGCGGACGUGGAGCAGGUGGAGAGGCGUUUGAAGGAGUACGAGGAGGGGCACACGGAGUUUGAGGAUGGGGAGAACCCACACGUCGUGGGCGACUGUGUCAAGCUUGUCCUCCGGGAGUUGCCAACGUCCCCUGUGCUGCCAUAUGCCUGCACCGCCCUCGACCAAGCCUUCCAGCUGGACGAGGCGGAGGCCAAGCUAGAGGCGGUGCGCAACGCCAUGCUCAACCUGCCCGAGCCCAACCGGCGCCUGCUGCACCGUGUGCUGCAGACCAUGAUUGCUAUAACCAACAACGAGGCAGUCAAUAGGAUGAACGCUUCCGCUGUUGCAGCCUGCAUGGCGCCGCUCCUCUUCCGCCCUCUUUUCAGCGGGGAACUUCAAACAUCGUCCAAGGGCGAUGAGGAUGGGGAGGACGGUGCUGCUGCAGCAGCAGCUCAGAUCAUGGCUCUCACCAUGGCUGCCAACCAGGCGCAGACCAUGACGAUUUACCUUAUGGAGAACAUUGAUAAGGUGUUCGUGGGCGAGGCACUUGGCAGGGGACUGGCGCGUGGGGUUUACAGUGGGGCGGCAUGGGAUGACGAAGACGAUGAGGAGGGUGAGCUGGUGGAUGAUGAUGACGUGGACGAGGACAAUGAUGACGAGGACAGCGGCACCCAGGUGGCGGUGCUGGAGGCGUCGCGUCAGGAGCUGCGCGCCUCGCUGGCAAAGGAAGUGCGGGCAAACGAGAUGCUCAAGGAGAGUCUGGUGCAGAGGAGGAAGACUCUGCAGGAGCUGAAGAAGGCGCUACAGAGAGAUGCGGCUCAGCUGCGGGUGGAUCUGCAGGAGCAGAGGGAGCUGUAUGCACGCAUGCAGACGGGAAUCAAGGGGCCCGUGCCUGAGAUAGAGCUCGAGCCAGAGCUGAAGGCAGAGAUAAAGGAGAUCGAGUCACUGGAAAAGUCAGUGGCCCUUCUCCGCACGGAAACGGAGACUCUUCAGCGGGAGCUGCUGCACGUGACACACAAGCAGCAGCAGCUGGAGCAGCAGCAGAAGCAGCAGCAGCUGGCGGGUGUGGCAGCAGGCGGGGGAGUGGGGGGAGCGCCCCUGACAGGCGCGACUGCGGAGCAGCGGCAGCGGAUUGAGGCGCUGAGAUCGCUGAGGGCUCAGCUAAAACAAGAGUUGGAUAGGACAAUGGCCAUGUGCCUGGAGGAGCAGCAGAAGAAUGCUGAGCUGGAGGAGAGGCGGCGGCAGGACGACCCAGUGGCGUUGGAGCAAGCAGUGAUGCGGCAGAAGGCAGCCGUGCAGCAGGCUCAGGCUGCCUUUGAGGCUGAAAUGGCAAGAGGCAAGGAAUUGAGGCGCAAGCUGCAGCUGGCCCAGCAGAGGGCCGCUGCUGCCGCCCUUGCCAGUGCCAACGCAGCUGCUGCCACAGCCAGCACCGCAGGCUCGGAAGGCUCCGGUUCUGCUGAACCUUCCGCCCAGGCCGGACAGCAAGGCUCGGCCGAGGCUGACUCCCGAACCUCACCUGAUGGGGAGGCUCGUCCGGCAGGUCCGUCGGCCGCAGCUGCAGCAACGGCAGCGGCAGCGGUGGCUGCAGCAGGGGGGGCUGGUGAGCCUCCCUCAGCAGCGGCGGCUGCUGCUGCCUUUGCCGAGCUGACCGCCAGGCUGGAAGAAUUCAAGAGGCAGCGCGCUGUGCUGAUUCAGCGCCUCGCUGCGCUGUCCAAUGAGACGGUGCCAGGUGGCCCACAGGGCAUGGCUGGGGCUGGAGGGCCACGGGUGCCUCAGUUGUCUAGGGAUAUUCCGAGUCACUGA